UGUGAAGGAGAACUGCAGAUGUGAUAGCUGGAGGCACACUCUGGGUGGUAUCCUCAAGGGCAUUAAUUCAUUUUUGGAGCCCUCCUUGUGCGGGUCACUUGGGACAUUCAGAACAAGUUGUACCUGGCUGUCAUGCUAGCUGCUCUUCCACCCAUGGCUGCCAGUGAAGCAGUACCAGCUGCCCUGCAGGACACAUGGGGGGACUUCUGGCUGUUCCGUUUCUUCAUCAAUGCUGCUGGCUAUGCAAGCAUCCUGGUGCCGGGGUACCUGCUCAUCCAGUACUUCAAGCGAAAGAAUUACCUGGAGACAGGCCGUGGCAUUUGCUUUCCUGUCAUUAAGUCAUGUGUCUUCGGUAGCGAGGCCAAGUCUGCACACCAAGAUGACAUCCCUUUAGCUGCCCGAAGUGAGCCCAUGGAGUCCUCAACAGCCCGACAAGUCUUCAAGCUGCUCUUCUGUGCUGUUGGCCUCCAGGUCUCCUACCUGACAUGGGGUGUUCUCCAGGAGCGUGUCAUGACCCGGACGUAUGGGACCACGGAGACGGAGCCAGGUGAGAAGUUUAAGGACUCGCAGUUCCUGGUCUUUAUGAACCGGAUCCUGGCCUUCACUGUGGCUGGCCUGUACUGUGCCCUGACCAAGCAGCCACGCCACGGCGCCCCCAUGUUCAAGUACUCCUUUGCCUCGCUCUCCAACAUCCUCAGCAGCUGGUGCCAGUACGAAGCCCUCAAGUACAUCAGCUUCCCCACCCAGGUGCUGGCCAAGGCCUCCAAGGUGAUCCCAGUCAUGCUCAUGGGCAAGCUGGUAUCACGCAAGAGCUACGAGUACUGGGAGUACCUCACAGCUGCGCUCAUCUCGGUGGGGGUCAGCAUGUUCCUUCUCUCCAGCGCCCCCAAUAAGCAUCUCUCCACUGUCACAACCUUCUCGGGCCUGGUCCUGCUGGCUGGCUACAUUGUGUUUGACAGCUUCACCUCCAACUGGCAGGAUGCUCUCUUCACCUACAAGAUGUCCCCCGUGCAGAUGAUGUUCGGGGUGAAUGUCUUCUCCUGCCUCUUCACCAUGGGCUCGCUCCUGGAACAGGGUGCCUUGGUGGAGUCGGCCCGCUUCAUGGCCCGUCACUCGGAGUUCACAGUCCACGCUGUGCUGCUCUCAGUCUGCUCUGCCUGUGGCCAGCUCUUCAUCUUCUACACCAUCAGCCAGUUUGGGGCGGCCGUCUUCACCAUCAUCAUGACCCUGCGCCAGGCCUUUGCUAUCCUCCUCUCCUGCCUCAUCUACGGCCAUGCUGUCACUGUGGUGGGCGGUCUGGGUGUGGCCGUUGUCUUUGUGGCUCUCUUCCUGCGGGUCUAUGCCCGCAGCCGCAUGAAGAAGCGCAGCAAGAAGCUGCCCCCUGGCGAUGCACCCAUACAGAAGGUCUAGGGGCUGCGGUGCAGACCAUGCUCUUGCCCCCCUCCUCCCCUCCCCCGUGCCAUCUCCAAUGCACUCACUUUAUUUGUCUCCUCUUCAGGAACCUACGGAGAGGCAGGGCAGGGAGUUGGUGACUCUCUUUUUCCUUCCAGCAGCUUUUCCUUGAGAAGGAGCUGGAGUGGGCCCAGCAGCAACAAGAUGCACUUACAGCUGCUGUGGCAUCUUUCUCCGUUUGCCUUAAAUAGGUCUGAGAAUUUCAGCCCCUGCCCCACCCCCAGAGAUACCCCCACCCCAGCCAAGGGAGUGGGAGCUGUCUGAUCUCAGUCCAAACUUCCCCCACCCAGAGGGCAGGAGUGUGUAACUCCCACCCUGGCUUCGCCUGUCUGUUACUUAUGUCUUCUCUGGAAGUUUAUUUAUGAGUGUGAGAGCUUUGCCUCCCAGCCUCAUCUUGCCUCCACCUACACUCCUCAUUUAUUUUGCCUCUACAGAGCCAGCUACAAGGGAAUGGCAAGAAAACACUAAUUUUUCUUGAAGAGUACCUACAGUUGUGAGGGAAGCUCCAGUCCCAAUAUGAGACACUGCAGGGGUGAGAGUGCUGGCUGGGGGGAAGCUCCCACCAACCCCCAGCAGGUGGGAAGUGGGCAGGCUCAUCCAAUGGCUGGUGCUACGUGAAACAGUUGCCCCUUCCUUUCUCAUUUGGCUUAUCAGGUCAUUUUGCCUCUUCCGUAUUUUCCACCCUGCCCACCCAACCUCGAGGUAGAGAAGUCUGCAGGCUCCAUGCCCUUCCAGAAAGUCAUUAUGGUCUUUUGUACUGCUUUUCAUUGCCAUCUACUCUCAUAGUCUCAAACUAUGACUCCCAAAAUCCCCUGGGUCCCCCUUUCAGGUGUUCUUUCUGUGGCUUUUGGCAUUUGUCAUUGUCUCCUAAAGUUCAGAGAAGCACAAAUGCCCUCCUUGUAUUCUCCUCUUCCCGUUUGCAGGAGGUGCCAGUGCCAGCCCUUCCGGGGGCCUGGCUAUGUACACAGUGCACCAGGGCCUGGAAGACAGGACAGAGGCUCACAUGUGGUUUCCUUUUUUUUUCCCCUUUGCCUGACCAGUGGUUGCAGCUCUCCCACUGGGAUGCAGGGAGCUUGAAGCCUAGCCCUGCCUCAGGGAGGGCUGGGGUUUUACCCUUUUAUUGCUGAAGUGACCUGACCCAUGAUGCAAAAGGGAAAUGGUUUUGGUACUUUUGAAAUGCAACUUUUUUCUCUUUUUAUUAAAUUAAAAAUCUGCUGCAAACUGUGCCCUCCUGGGGGCAAACACUGGUCUGAAUGCAUGCGGUGGAAAAGGGCAGUCUCUCCUGUGACCUUGAUCUAGGGACUUCAGUCUGGUUUUAGCUGAGCCUCACAAAUGCUAAUGCUAUUUCUACCCCUGAAUCUAUUGGAUUGGUCUGGUUCCUGGGAAGUGCAGUUUAGUCAUCUUCCUCCAUAGGUGCAGCCCUGCACAUGGCCUCUGCUAGCUCUGCCCUUGGCAAGUGGAGUAGGGCUGCUCUAAACCCACUGCCUCCCUGGCAUGCUGAGCCUCCUCCACUGUUGCAACAAGGCUGAAGAGGCUUGAGUCUGUCAUGGUGUUCUCAUGCAAAGCACCCAGCUGGAGGGCUGACUGCAUGAGUGGAGAUACCUCCCUGCAGCUGGGCCAGGGACCAGCUAACUCACAGAACCAGAAGGCUGGGAUGUGCAGAGACAAGAGUUGCUUUGCACCUAGGCUGUCAUAUUGGGAUGCCUUUUUUGUAAGUGCUCUGUUGCAUGGUGGUCACCAGCACUCAGGAAGAAGCUAGCAGAGAGGAAAAGUGGGCAAUGAGUAGCUGCAGUAUAAAGUGACACUUCCACAUAAUGACAGACUGAAUGGGGCAGGCCUGCUUGCUCUGCAGAGAAGAUAGGACAUAAGUGAUCUGGAGAAGGUAGCCUUUGGUUUUCCCCAGUGCCAGGGGCCGGGCAAUCAAACUGAAAGGUGGCAAGUCCCACAUCUAUCAAAGGAAGUAUUUUUUUCCCCAGGAUGCACUCUUGGCCUGGGGGACUGCUGCUCUAAGACUAGCCAGGCCAAGGUUGUGGGAGGAUUUAAAAGGGAAUGGGUACUUAUGGAUAAUGCAAUCCUUCAGAUUUACCAUGGUCCUUUAAGAACAAAAGGUUUAUAAGCCCUCCUGUAUCAGAGCAUGUCAUCCUACUGCUGGGGGAAAAGGGGUGAGAAGAAAUCUACUCCUCCCCCCCCAAACAUAUUCAGCGGAGGCCAUAGUCACAAACUGAAUAGUUUUGUACCUUCUGGCAUCAUACGGUCCCACUGAACAGUGUUUCUUCAGGGGCUUCACCUGGAAGGAGCUGGGUGAUGGCAGGCCACUGAGUUGGUGCUAGGCUUGCUGGAUAGGAGCAGCUGGGCUGGGUAGGGUGUGUGGGCAGGUUAUGGGAGGUGUAGAGAUGUGCUAGAGCAGAAAGGUUUAGCUGGAGCUGGAGAAGAACAAGCUGGAUCUGAAAGACAAGGUGCUAGAGAGACCCUGAAGAGGGAAACAGAUCUGUGGGAGGGGGAAGCUUUUUCACUGGAGCAUCAGAAGUGGAUUUCAAACUGCAGGCUUGGAAGAGGGACAGUUUUUCAUUUGCAUUCUCUGUGUGUGUGACGUUUAAGUUAGUACCAGUUUGGGAGUUCCCUAUUUUCUGCCUGGUCUUUCAGGGAGAAAAAAAAAAAAAAAAAAGCUUUUAACUGAAGAAGAGAGGACUGGAAAAUCUCGCUACAUGUUUUAUAACUGCUUUUCUAAUCAGACUUAAAGAGAAAAAAAAAAAAGAGAGAGAACAUGGAGGCUGUCUCAGCCCCCACAACCUCUCUACCCCUGACUGCUGAGAGCAAUGCCACCUCUUGAAUGCAACCUGCAGUGACUCAGCUUUAAUUCAGAUGUGUAGUCGGUGGAGAACUGCAAAUCCCAGCAUGCAGUGCACACUACAAGGACUUAGAGAAGAAGAAAGGUUGGCUGGGUUGCCUUGCAUGCUGGGAGCUAAAGCCUCUGUCCCUUUGUAUUGAGUGGAGGUUGACUGCAGUUGGCUCUGCCUGGUGCUGGCCUGCAGUCAGCACAGCACUCUCCAGCUGUCCUCAGUGGGCUGCUCGGGUGGAGAAUGACACUGCAGCAUUAUCCAGAGGUGUGGACAGGUCUGCCUGCUGAAGGUGCCCCAGCAUGUGUGCAACUGCACUGCAGGUUGAAAAUACAGGGAAGGAGAAUACCUUGCAAAGCUACUGUCCUGCAUAAAAUGACUACCUGCAGUACCCACCCUCAUCCCAAGUCCCUCAGGGUGACCAACUGUGCCAAGCAGCUGGAAGCUGGGCACUGCCUCACCACUCGAAGCUCAAGGAGCAGAAAGGGAGGCCUAAGCUAGGUGGUAUCCUGCAAGCUCCCACACACACCAUGGCACUGGAGAGGCACAGAAGCAGGUUGAAGCAGAACCUGCCUACAACACCCCUGAAGCUGAGAUCCCAGGACACCCUAUGGCAGGGGUAAGCAACCCUCAGCAUAGGUAGAAGAAUCAUAGAAGUAGGAUCGGAAGGGACCUUGUAGAUCUUCAAGUCCGACCCCCUGCCUGGGCAGGAGGGAAACGGGGCUCAAGUGACCCCAGCCAGGUAGGCAUUGAGCU